CACUGCUCCGGUUGGAGCAUGCUCUGCAACACUUCACAAGCGAAAGACACGCUCUUACUGACCCGACGAGAUGGUCUGCCGUUGAUCGCGGGGGGAGAGCAGCGUGUGCCCAUGACUCAUGCCGACCCCACUGAUAAAGUAUUUUGCCCAGCCUGCAGCGAGAAUGAUCAAACACAAAUUAAUAAAUACAACAACACAUGCGAAUCUGUUGUGCUGGGCACCAUCAAGCAACAUAUGAAGGAAGUGCUGCCGAUUGGGCUGUCCAUUACAGGCCUUGCGCUCAUUGGGAUGGCCGUGACAUGCCUGCUACAAUGCGAGACAAAUCGCGACGAGUAUUAUGGCGUGCGUUACUACCGCAUGUAG